UCUAGAUGGCGUUAUGGACGCAUAUGAUUUGUCGUGGCACAAAAGAUUUCGAAAAUUCAAUCUCCAAAAAUAAUUUAAACAAUUAAUUUAAUGCAACAAUUGAACUAAUUAUAGAAGAAUAUAAAUAUGGCUGGAGGGAAAAAUAGUCAGACUGGAUUUCAACCGGAUUCCGAUGUUCAUAUAACUUACGAGGAACAACAGAAGAUUAACAAAUUUGCUAGACAAAAUGCGAAGUUGGAAGAUUAUAAGGAAGAACUUAGAGUAAAACAGAACGAACUGAAGAAUUUGGAGGAUGCUUGCGACGAACUAGCUCUUAUGGACGACGAUGCAAAAAUACCAUACUUUAUUGGAGAAGUAUUCAUCUAUCAUUUCCUUGAGAAAACACAGGAUUCUUUAGAAGAGGCUAAAAGUAAGAAAAAAGAAGAAAUUGUAAAAUUAGAGAGCAAAUGUGCAGAUUUAAAGACAAUCAUGUCUCAAUUAAAAACACAAUUGAAUGCGAAGUUUGGUACUCGUAUAAAUUUGGAAUCUGAAGAAUCGGAUUAA